GCCAACCCAGAGCCUGCCAAUUCUCUCUGAAGCCAGCUCUCUCUUCCUCCACCAUGCAGGUCUCUGCAAGAACGCUUCUGUGCCUACUGCUCACAGUUGCUGCCUGCAGCAUCCAUGUGCUAGCCCAGCCAGAUGCAGUUAACUCCCCUCUCACCUGCUGCUUCUCAUUCACCCUCAAGAAGAUCCCAGAGAGGAGGCUGGAGAGCUACAAAAGAAUCACCAGCAGCAAGUGUCCCAAAGAAGCUGUGAUUUUCAUCACCAAGCUCAAGAAAGAGAUCUGUGCUGACCCCAAGCAAGCCUGGGUCCAGGCAUACAUGAAUAAACUGGACCAGAACCAAGCUAGAUCGGAAACGACAACUGUGUCUAAAAUUGUGUCUUCUGUAAGAUCUUCAGCACCUUUGAAUGCUAACUUGACCCAUGGACCUGCAGUUAAUGCAUCGACUACUCCCUUUCCCGCAGCAAGCUCAAGAACCUCUGUGAGAGUGACCAGCCCAACAGUGAACUAGUGUGACCUGAAUGUGGUGCUCUAAGUAAUGUUAAACUUAUUUAACUUAUUGAUGUCUCGAUAUCCCCUCCCCUGAAUACUAGGAUUUCUUGGAUACAAGAUGUGGUUCCAUUGUUUUCCCUCUGAGGACCCUGUUUCUACACUUUCAAAUGUUAUGAGAGAUGCAUUUUGCAAAGAUGGAUGGAAAAACUUUGUGUUUGAGAUUCCAGGGCAUUGUUUAAAAUAUUAUUAUGGAAAUAGAUAUUUCUAAUUAUUAAGAGAAAUAAAUUAUUUUUGU